GUGGACGCGACGGGUGGGACGCUGACGGCGACGGUGGCGGCGCGAAAGGGUGACGCGGCGCGCGGGGCGAUCAAGUAUUACGUGCGGUACGACGACGAGGCGCGACCGGAGUGGGUCACGGGCGAUCGCGUGCGAGAUCGGGCGCCGGAGUCGCGGACGCAGAGUGCGGCGACGACGGGGGGGAAGGAGGGGUCGAUCGCGCGUGAUGAGGCCGAUGGUGGAACGAACGGAGCGCGCGGAGGCGCGCGCGGAGGCGCGCGCGGCGGGGGGAGGGUGGAUAAGGCGAGCGCCAGCGACGCGCACGGGAAGGUGAAGCCCACGCGACGGGUGAAAUUCAUCGAGUUGGGGCGGUACGUGUGCGAUUGUUGGUACGACUCGCCGUUUCCGGAAGAGUUUACGGAUGGGGAGAAGCUCUUCGUGUGCGAUUUUUGUUUCAAGUAUCACAGAAAGCGAAAGGCAUACAUCGCGCACAAGCGCACGUGUGAGCUCAGGCGUCCGCCGGGGAACGAGGUGUACAGACAUCCGGCGCAGCCGGCGGCGAACGGGCGCGCGGCGCGCGGACAGUUGCGCAUGUUUGAGAUUGACGGUUCGAACGCGACGACGUACUGUCAGAACCUGUGCUUGAUCGCAAAGUUGUUUUUAGAUUCCAAAAUGCUGUACUAUGACGUAGGAGCGUUUUACUUUUACGUAUUGACGGAGCAAGAUUUCAACCAGGAGGGGAAACCGCUGUAUCGCAUCGUGGGAUACUUCAGUAAGGAGAAGGGACAAGUGGAGACGAAUCUGGCGUGCAUCCUCACCUUACCGCCGUAUCAAAGAAGAGGAUACGGCUUGUUCCUGAUCGAGUUCUCCUACGAGCUCUCGAGGCGAGAGGGGCGCAUCGGUACCCCCGAGCGUCCACUGAGCGAUCUCGGUUCCGUAUCCUACACAGCUUACUGGAACCGCGCACUCUCGGAGGAGCUUGACGAUUUCGUUGGAGAAAUCUCAAUCGCCGAGCUGAGCAAGAGGACGAACAUCGUCGCCAGCGACAUAGUCACCACGUUCGAGCACAAUAGUUUGGUUCGAGUCUCCGAGGACCAGUCGAGCGUCGAAAUAACCAAAGAGUACGCGGCAGAGACUGCGGCUCUUCAGCUCCAGCUUCGUAACAACGACUCGUUGCGCGUGAUCCCCGAGAAUUUGAGGUGGGAACCGCAUACGAGUUCCGUCGUCGAAGUCGCCGAGAAGCGAAGGAGGACGCGUCUAUUCCAAUCCGCCGAGAACUCUUAG